AUGCCGGUCGGGUCGGGCAACACAGUGACGCCGUCUGCGUCGUGGAGUCCAUCGGCCUCCGACUACCUCCUCGGCUUCCUCCUCAUCUUUAUGAUCUACAUGCCACUCACGAUCGGACUCUUCUAUGCGCGGCGCGACUUGCCCUCGAUUCGGUAUCGAAAUCCCAUUCAAAUGACGAUAUGUGGCGUCAUGGCGACGAUCUACUGCUACAUUGAUUUGCUCUUUGUCUUGCUUGGGUCGACCAUCGACUGCGGGGCGUACUUGAGUCUCGUCAACGGGCUCUUCCACUUCACGACCUUUAGCGUCUUCCUCUCCGAGGUGGCGGUCGUCGCUACCUUUUACCUCACGGAGCUUCUUGUUCAAAUCCACACGGAGGGUCAUACGCCCCAGCGCGACCGAAAAGCGCGGCUUCUCCACAUCGCCCUCCAGUCGCGCACGCUCACGGUCCUCUGGGUCUUCGGCCACGGCCUCUGGAGCGCGCCGUCAGUGCUCUUGCUCCACUCGUUUGCAGAUACGUUGGCGAAUUCGACGGUCGUCGAGUGCCCCGCGUUGCCGCUGGCCGCCACGAAAGCCUUGGGCCUCGUGCAGCUCGGCAUUCUUCUCUGCCUCGGCGGCAUCGCCACGUACUUUGUGAGCAAUUUGGUCGACAACUUUGGGCUGCGGGCCUCGUACAUGCACGCCCACAAGGUGUGGUGCGUGUGCUUCAUCGGCUCGAUCUGCCUCUUUGUCUUCCGCGACAGCGACGUUGUUGUCAACUACAAGCUCGACCCGGCACUCUCGGCAAUCGGGGUGCAGUCGAUCGUCUUCGUGUACAUCCUGCGGCCGCUCUUGCUCAGCUUCAAGGAAAAGCGGCACACGUCGCUCGCCCGGCUCAAUGGCUCGGAGAAGCUUCUGGAGACGUAUUUGCUCACGUCGGCGGGCUACGCGGCGUUCAGUGCGUUCUGUCGGCAAGAAUGUGUCUACGACCAACUCGUCGUGUGGCGAGCGACUGUUCAUUACCAGGAGGACGUGAGCGACGAGAGCGACCCCCGGUUCUUGUACCGCCGGUAUUUGCGCCACGACGCGCCGUUGCCGCUGCGGCGCAUGAGCGCUCGUCUCAAGGACCUCUACUUUGGCUUGUUUGAAGCCAAUCGCAAGUACCACGUCGACGUGGCUGACCAAGACGUCGAGCGCAUCUGGUUUGUGCCGCUGCGCCAAGAGCUCCUGCGGGGCCUCGUGACCGACGUCCUCCCGCAUUUCCAGGUCGACCCGCUCGGGUCCGACUGGGCGAAUUUUCUCCAUCGGGAGCAAGCGACCCAAGCCCUCGACUUGGUGCUCAAGCAAGUCGACGACAAGCCCGACGAGCUCGAGAAGGUGCUCACGCCGCAGAAGAAGCACCGACGAUCGACGCUCAAGACGCUCCCGAUCUUGCCCACAAUUCAAAGCGGGUUUGAGUUUGAGUCGCCGCGACCUCACGACAGCAGCGAGCCGUAG